AUAGUGCGUUAAUCACGAAGGAAAAAAGCUGCGUUACAGGAACUCAAAGAGACCAGAGACGGAGGUGGAUGCGCUAUCUCCCUAAAACCAACGUACCCAAACCCGUGCGCACCUCUCCUUGCGAGCGCCCAUUGCACCUCCCCACCAUUUUUUAAAUAAAUGAAUUUGGCUGGGGCUGGACCCCUCCCACUUUGUGUAUGCUCUUAAUUGUCAGUUUUGACGAAAGCUUGGGUAUUUAAAUAGCGUCAACGUCUCUUGUAUGGGUGGAAUUGGUGAAGUUGUUACAGAGCGCAUCUUACCCAUCGUUUUUCACCCGCUCUACCGCGGAUCGAUAAGCAUGCAGGUGUCUUUCGCGCUCCUCGUCUCCAGCACUGGGCUGCUGCUGCUACAGGGAUGUUUUACGGUCGUGCAAGGAUGGAGGGUACUAAAAAACGAUGCUACAGAAAUAAUACCAGAAUAUACUGAGAACGCACAGCCUCCCGAGCAAACAAUACUACAGGCUUCUAAUAAUAACAGUAAUACAAUGAAUCGACCAAAACACGGGGGAAGAAGAUCAUCAGCAAACAGAGCCUCUUAUAGUGCCUCGGAGCUGAGCUGCAGGGAGCUGCGCUCCACCCGUUACAUCACUGACGGCUCCUGCCGCAGUGCCAAGCCCGUCAAGGAGCUGGUGUGCUCGGGUCAAUGCAUGCCCGCCCACCUCCUACCCAACUCCAUCGUGCGCGGCAAAUGGUGGCGGAGCAGCGCCUCUGACUACCGCUGCAUCCCGGCCCACUCCCGAACACAGCGGGUGCAGCUGCAGUGCCCCAACGGCAACUACCGGGCUUACAAAAUCCGCGUGGUCACCUCCUGCAAGUGCAAACGCUAUAGCCGCCACCACAACCAGUCAGAGGCCAAGGAGAGCUCCUCAGAGGCCAAGCCCAGACGCGACAAGAAACGCACCCAGCUGCCUGGGAGUCGGAACAAAAGCAACACACCGACACAGGUCAGCAAUUCAUACUGAGGAUGCUCUUCCUUCCUUCAUACACGGACAGAGACCAAAGCAGUACACACGCACAUGUUACACACACCCAACACGGCUCCUUCACUGGAAGAGGGAGAAGAAGAGCCUUUUCAACAAAUAAAAGGAUUUGUAAAGCUGUUUGUUGGACUGAUUUGACACAAGUCUUUCUCACCAGAGAGGCACUAUAGAUUUUGCAGCCUAUUUUACAAAAUAUUUCAGAACUUUUGAUUUGCAUGACCAAAUGAGUCGACAGAAUGCCAGGGAAGGCCAUGUGACUGGUCAGGAAAGGUGGAACACUGCUAGGAUGGGAGUGUACAGUAUUAUACAUGUUCCGGUUCAUAGCUAACAGCCUCUGACUCAGACACUAAGAGUAUCCACCUUCGCCACAGCAAGAGGUGAACCUAAACUCAAACCCCACCUGUCAAAACAUCCACCGGGCAGGCUACAUUGCCUGAUAGGCCUAUAGGGUUGAAAAGUGUGUCUGUGCUCUAACUGUGCUCUAGCGCCUCUAUGGCUGGGUGUUCUGUACUGAGCAGCCUGUGGCAGCCCUGGGGCGUCCUGGCUGUGAAGGUGGGCUGCUGACAGGCCCUGGCCUCGACCCCAGACCACGCAGCCUCCUGACAGCCCGGGGAGCACCGCACUCACCAGGAGCCCCCCCAGGGUCCUCCUCACUCCAUAGCAGCCGUAUAGGAGCUGUCAGUUAAGGCCCCUGGCCCAGUGGCCCUAGUGGCCCGUGAUGGUGAAAGAGAUAGGGGGAGAGAGAGGGGUGGGGAAUGGUUGUGUCAGCACUCCAAGACCAGGGUGCCUGCGGUCAAACAGGUGACUGAGCAUUCCAGUGACCCAUCUUAAUGACUAAAUGAGCCCAUUCCUGUGUUUAAGAUUUGAGUCAUGAAAAGCCAUUUCCUCUAGACAUGGCUAGUUCCUGUUUGCUGAAACCAUACAGACACACAAAAGAUCCUCAUGUGUAGAGGAGGCUCCAGCAAUUGUGCCUGUUGUUACCUUGAGGCACAGCAUUCUAUACUCAUCUACACCCUGAAUGGAGACUAUUUGUUAGAAGCAAAUAGCAUUGGUAACCAACUAGCCGUAUCCCUAUUCUAUUCAUUGAGAACCUAGAUGGUGAGGGAGAGAAAAAAAACUCCACUUCUCUGACUGUCAGCCCUACACUGUAAAUAGCAAUUAGUUCUGCUAACAAUUUUUUGGGGGGUGGAAACCCCUCAACUCAAACUAUACAGUGUUCAAUACUUAAAGUAAUAAAGUGACAUCAUCACCCAUAUUGUUAUAUUUUUAAGUUGUAAAUACUUAACUGUUUUGGGUUUUCUGAAAUAUUUGACACAAAAUCGUAUUAUGUAUUCUGAACUAUAAAAAUUGAAGUUAUUUUAGCAUGAAUAUUUGUUGUAAGGAACCUAAACAUUUCGGGUCCCUUCUACUUACAUUUUCAAGUGCACGUAGUAAGUAGUUCUGAUUAGUAAUUUUCAGCGGUCGUGUCUAACAUUGUUUUAUGUAUUUGACAAUUUGUCAUUUUAACCCACCUUAGCAGGCAUUGUUGAGCACAGUGCUCAUUCCUCUAGCAGUAACUGGAGGUAGAGUUUUAAGCAUGACAGGAUUCUGCAUUUGCCUCUGUCAAUCAGAGUGACUGUUGAUAGUGGCAAUUUCUUGUCUCAUUAUUGAAAGUAUAUUUUGUCCCGAUGGUUUUGAUAUCGUUUUCCAUAAUCUGUUACACUUCACAGCACAGAAAACUGCUUAAUACUAUUUUAGAAAUAUACUUUUCUUUCUUCAAACAUGCAUACAACAUUGUGUAAAAGUACUGUAUCAUAAAGUACUUUUUAUUUUAUUACCGACAAUCCUAUACAAACAGAGCCAUGUGGCAUUAUUAGGUAUUCAUAACUUGCAAAAAUACGUAACAAUUCUAUAUCAGCACAAACACAGAUAAAUCAAGUGUUUUUUGCUCUAAUAUCCAUGUCUACUACUUUAUUAUUUUAAGUAAAGAUGUAAAACACAAUUUUCAUUUAACCAGGCAAGUCAGUUAAGAACAAAUUCUUAUUUUAAAUGAUGGCCUAGGAACAGUGGCUUAACUGCCUGUUCAGGGGCAGAAUGACAAAUUUGUACCUUGUCAGCUCAGGGGUUUGAACUUGGUUACUAGUCCAACACUCUAACCACUAGGCUACCCUACCAAGUAACAACAAUUUGAGUAAUGUUUAAUGUUAGAUUGACUUUAAAAUAUUAAAUAAUCAUUACUUGUAACGUCUCAAUAUCUUCAGAUUAGCAGAACACAAAUAAAUGAAGUUAUAUUUACUCAAUAACUUAAUAUUUGUUAACAGUUCUUAAAAAUAUUAAGUGGCAUAUGAGUUAGUACCACUUCUAAAAUUGUUAUUCUACUUACCGUUGGAAAUGUUUGAAUAGCCACUAAUCAAUUUCUUUAAUGACUAAGACAGUUCAUUUUUACAGUACAAUCUCUGAAUAGAACUGACAAGAAAGAUAGGAAUGAGGUAAAAGACUGAAACUAAAUCUGAAUUGUUUUAUAUUGGCUGCUGCUAUCCCGCAGGGAGGGAGACAGACAGACAGACACACGGACAGACAGACAGACAGACAGGAAAAGGUUUUGGAUCCCCAAUUUGCCCAUGCUGACAAACCCAUUCCCCUUUCUCAUCCCUACUACAGUCUGACCUGUAUUUAAUUAAGAGUAUUAUGAACCUUUCAGCUUAUUGUCCACAUUCCGUUGUGCCAUUCUCUCAUAAUACUUCCUUGUUUUGGAGUUCUAAACUGUACUGACAAUGUUUGCUUCUUGUUCAAUUGUGUGUUUGAAAUAGCAACUGGAAGGGAUUUUAUCAUGUAAGCAGAGUUGUCCGUGUAUAGCCUGAUUGUACUUUAGAGACUCAAAGAAGGACUGCUACAAAGAAUAAACUGCAUAUUUAUAUUUUAUUUCUACAUUUAAAUUAUUUAUGCAACUUGUAGUAAAUGAUGAAGCCAUUAUUGUCACAUAAAAUAAUAGUGACUUUCAGAUAAUAAUGAAAUACUGUACAGUACAAAAAUAAAGUAGAGGCAGGUAUAUUUGAAAGAAGUGUGUUUGUUAUCAUUCUUCUCUGAAUGGGCUGCUUUGACAAGACCUUUCUCUCCUCUGUCUUUACCUGCACACCAAGUGUAUCUCUCAUGUAAACAAAUAUCAGCAAUUAGGAAGUUGAGGUUUAACAGCUCUUUGGAAUGUCUUGCCCGGCUCACAAAAGGAGAGGAAGAGGAAUUCACGCGUGAGAUGUUAGCGGCUCAGUCACAACAGCAACAUUGCUUCGUUCACAGAGAUGGAUAUGAGCCAUAGCCGUCAUUCAGCCUGUUCUCGCCUCCCUCAAGGCCCAAAGGUUCAGACAUUGAAAGAGACUUUAAGUUCAAAACGCAUCUUUCCUCACAUUAUCGUAGGACUUUGUGUAUGCUGUAUCUGGAGCACACUACAGUACUGCAUUUAUUCACUGACAACUUGGGCUUCCAGACAACUACCAAGACUUACUGUAGUCAGGCACUCCAGUGUACCAAAUGAGCUGUUUAUGACAGUUUUAUCGACCAACGCAUUUCUGAAUUAUCAUAGCUGGCACCUACUUUACUACAACACUUUGGAUGACCAAACGAAUGUGGAACUGUAUUAAAUAAAAAACAGAGAACCCACUGGAAA